AUGCAUAAGAAGAAGCAGAAUAAAAAUGAGAUGAUCAGGGAAGCAGCAAAGAAGCGUAAAGAAGACGUGAAAAGUGGCAAGAUAGAUCUAUCAAGGACGAUGGAGGACCAAUUCAAAUACAUGUACUCAAUUGGUGAUACCAUGACAAGUCAGUUUGAUAAAAGUGAGCCAAGCAAUUUUAGUGAAGGAAGCUUAAUUGAAGAAACAUUCAUCAAUGUUGAAAACAUCGAAAAUACACCAAAAACAGAGGACCAAGUAACAUCCCCAGUAUCACACAGCCACUAUUCAUAUCUGAUAACUAGCAAUGAUAAUACCGAAGAACCAUCAGGUGCUCGCUAUUCAUUUUUGACGAAUCCAAAAGAUAAAAAUGGUGUAAAUCAAGGUGACGAUGGAUACGAUCCAACAACUCUCUAUGUUCCAGAAGAUGCUAUGAAGACAUUCACGCCAUUUGAAAGACAGUUUUGGGAAAUCAAACGUGGAUUAUUUGAUACAGUCUUGUUCUUCAAGAAAGGAAACUUUUAUGAGUUGUAUGAGAACGAUGCAGAUUUAGGCAGAAAGCUGUUUGAUUUACGCGUAGUUGAAAGGGCGUAUAUGAGAAUGGCAGGCGUGCCUAUUCACACGUAUGACGUAUGGGCACAUAAGUUUCUGAAUGCAGGCUACAAAGUGGCACGUGUUGAUGAACGAGAAAACUCGCUGGCUAAGAAGAUGCGUGAAAAGAAGACGAGUGCCAAAAAAGAGAAAGUCCUUCAGAGAUUCCUGACUGAAGUUGUUACGCCUGCAACUGUUUACAAUUGUGAUCACAUGAACUCACCACUUCCAUUUUAUAUUGCGGUGCUACUCUCCAAUGCAUUGUGUCACAGCCCAGAGACGUGUUCAGGUGACUAUCACUACUCAGUUCUGCUCUACGACGCAUCUGUUAACACCCUCUAUUCCAAAUCAGUUUGUGACAACUUCAACAUGGAUAAAAUCAGAACAAUCUUUGCACAGAAUGAAAUCAGAGAAAUUCUGACGAAUUGCGUGAACCUGAAAUGGAUUCAGUCGAAAAUAACCCAAGUUUCCAGAUCAGAGGCGAAUUACGACCACAAAUUCAAAUUUGAUCAUAUGGCAGAACAAGACUGCUUUGAAGUUCUCUUUGAAUAUUUCAAGAUUCUCAAACGAGAAGGUGUUUUUGAAUCAGCUACCCUGAAUACAAUCACAAAAGAGUCAAAUGUCAUGCAAUUGGAUGCUGCAACAAUUCAGAAUAUGGAUUUGCUAGUUAACAACUUUGAUAAGACUGCUAAAUACAGUUUGAUUGAGAAAAUCAAUCACUGUUCCACGCCAUUUGGAUCCAGAAAAUUGCACAGGUGGAUUUUAUCUCCGUUAACAAAUCAGAAAUUGAUUGAAGAGAGAAGAAGACAUUCAGAUGCAAUGGGUUGUUACGACACGACUGUUUUGGUGAUGAAACUCAGAGAACUUGGAGACCUUGAGAGACUCGGUUGUAGACUAAAGCAAAAGAAGGUCACUUUGGAUAAUCUAAGGCAGUUUAUCAACAAACUGACUAAAACAGUGGAAUUACUCAGAUUCAUCGGUGAAAAAGACACUCUUGGAAUCUUUAAACCUGACUAUUUCAUCAAGAAUCUCACUGAUAAACUGGAUGCAUUUACAUUGAGUUAUAAAGUGACAGAUGAUGCAAUUGAACCAGUCAAUGAAUCAGAUGAAUUGUUCACACAUGUUGCUGAGAGGGUAGAAAUAGAGAAUCAAUUGGAAAAUGAGAGAAAGAAGUUUGAAGAAGAAUUCAAAAUUCCUACCAAAUUCGUACACAAAAUGAAGGAUAUUUUCCAAAUUGAGGUUGAAAUGGAUGCAUUUGAGUGGAUUCCAACCAAACACAAAAGUGAACUUGAGAUAUUUUCAAAGACAAAAAAUGCCAUCAGGUUCUUCACCAAAUCAACAACCAAAUUGGUUCAAAAAUACAAAGAAAUCGACGAACUGAUAUUUCAAUCAAGUAACACGGUGCUCAGUAGAGCAGUCAGCUUGUUCAACACUGACUUUCUACUCAUCAAUGAGCUGAUUGAUUAUCUCGCUACAUUUGAUUGCUCCCUCUCAUUUCACCUGUUCAAUAGAGCCAAUCCAUCAUUCAGUCGACCUGUUUUCAUUGAAAAUGGUCCAAUUCAAAUUGAAUCGAUGACCAGUCCAAUUUACACCGAAUUCAUCGAAAAUGAUUUCAAGCCAAUUCACCCAGUGGUGCUUCUCACUGGUCCAAACAUGGGAGGAAAAUCCACAUUUCUCAGAUCUGUCUGCCUGAACAUCAUUCUGGCUCAGAUGGGCCUGAAUGUCGCAUGCUCCUUGCUCAGACUGCCUGUCUUUGAUCAAAUAUUCACCAGAAUCGGUGCAUCUGAUUCAUUAGCCAAAAACGAGUCAACUUUCAUGGUGGAAAUGAACGAAUGUUCAAAGGUGCUACAGAAUGCAACAGAACGGUCAUUUGUGAUUAUGGAUGAGUUAGGUCGUGGAACAAGCACCAGAGAUGGAACUGCAAUUGCCAGGGCUGUAUUGGAACACCUUAAAAGGAAGCAAUGUACGGUGCUAUUUUCAACACACUAUCAUUCAUUGGUCAAAUUAGUGGAAUCAGUUCACAAAUAUUCAGUGCAAUACACAAUUGAAAAUGACCAAAUAAUAUUCCUAUACAAAAUAGAAGAAGGUGUGUCUGAAGAAUCACAUGGAAUUUAUGUUGCAAAGCUAGCAGGAGUACCAGAUGUGAUAUUGGAGAGAGCAAAGAGCAUCAGAAAGGAUUUGAUCAAUUGA